UACAAUACAACUUGAUUAAAAUAAUAUAAUGCAAUUUUAGUGCUAUUUAUGUUGUUAUUAUUUUUAAUUAUUUAUCUAUUAAAUGUUAAAUACGUAAUAAAAAUAAAAAAAUUUAUAUGAAAAUUUUGAAGCGUAAACAUCAAUGCGUGUUAAUUAAUUCUUUUUUUCCGAUUAUUAUAAAUAAACAUGUACAAGAGAAAAUUUCCUAAAACCAAACCCCUAUUAGGAAAUGUAUCUACAUCAACUCAAAAACCAAGUACUAGUUCAACUUCAUCAAUAGAACUACCGACGGCUUCUACAAUUUCUAGACAUUAUUCAACAGAUAAUUCUCCACCGUCACCAUCAUUUUUAGAUGAAUUGCCUGAAUUACCGUUAGAAAAAAAACGCAAAACUAUUGAAAGUAGUCCAGCUAAAUCUGAUUUUUUUGAACCUUUAUUUGAAAAUAAUUCAUUCUCUUAUUUAAAACAUGUACUUCUUAGCUGUGGCUUACAUUUAAAGUCUGAUCAAAAUAUAUUAUCUGUUGAAGAAUAUAAAUUUAUUCAAAAACUUAAAUCUGAAUUAACUGCUGAUUCCGAAGACAUUGGAGAAACUGAUCAUGUUAGCAAGUUUUAUUCAGAAUUUGAAGCAUAUUAUAGUGAUAAACUACAUCUUAAAAUUGCUUUAACUCCUUGCAAAGUUGUACCAGAAAAUAAGUUAAGACCCCAAAGAGAUUCUUUAACUCGUCUCUUGUUGCAAAUUCCUCAACUACAAACAAAUUUAAUUGACUUUUUGUUUGAUAAAAUGGCUGAAAUAAGUUUGGAAGAUCCAAGUGAAAAUGUAUCAGUGACCACACAAAUAUGGGUACGUUUGCUUCUUAAACCAUUUAAGCAGCUCUACUGCAUCAUAGAUUUAAAAAAAGUUAUUCUUAAAUUAUUUGAUAACUUGAAUGUAAUGCCUGACAUUGAUUUAAAAAGAGAAUUGAUCUUAUCCAUUCCUGACAUAGUCCUUGACAGAGAAGAUCAUGAUGCUCAUGAUGAAUUAUGCAAACUACUAAGGAAUGAUAAAGAUCUCAUGGCCUGUAUUUUAGAAACUAUAGGUCAGUUGACCAUUAGUAAAGAAGAUCUUGCAUUUAUUCAAAUGGAUAUGAUACCUGAAAUCCAUCAUACACCAUCAGAUAUACUUCCAGCAUUAGUGAGAUUUUUAAUUAAAGUUAAUGAUCGCUUAAUUGCUGAAAAAAUUGUUAAUGGCUUAAGAUGUGAGCUUCCUUUUGGAACUUUAGAUAAAUUAUCUCAAACUGCACUUUCUGAUAAUUUGACUAGCAUACAACUUGUCAUAUUUAGUUGUAUAUAUGAUAGAUUUUUAUCAUGCAAAAUGCUACUUGAUGUAUGGGUCAAAAUUAUUAGUCAAAUACAAACUCAUGUUGAACAUAAAUCGCUAGAUGUUGUUAUCUUAUUUUUGGCAUAUUCAUCAGCUUCCAAUGAUUCAUCAACAAAAACUUUGAUUUUAUCAGUAUUUAAAGAACGUAUUAAAAAUAGAUUUUUCCAUCAAGAGUUAAUGGAGAAAACUUUUAAAAUAUUCACACCUGUCUUCAAGCAAUAUUUUGAAUCAUUUAUUGAUUUAUUUUCUAAUCUUUUGAAAGUAACCGAUCAUAUUUCUAUUGAAGUAGUUACAAGUAUGGUUGUGAAUUGUUUUAUUAAUAUUGAUCAAUGCUGGUGUAAAUGGAUUGUAGAUGAACUUCUUGUUUUAAUGGGUACUGGAAAUAAAUUAACUGUAGAAAUUGUUCUUAAUAUACUUAUGGAAUUCACUAAACAAAGAAUUGACAAAAUUCAACCUUUAUCUACUCGUUUGAUUUCGGUCUUCAUUAAUAAAAUAUAUGAUUUUUCAACAAAAGAAAUUUCACAAGUUAUGGACAUGCUAUGUAAAGUUGCCUAUUCAGAAGGUCCUGAUGGUAUUAAUAAUUGUUCUGUUUUUCAAGAUGAAAUAAAUAUUUUUGUUCAAAAAGAGUUGUGUUCUAUUGAUAUAAUUUCUCAACGAGUGGGAAUAAUUGGUGCUAUUAUGUUAAUAAAACAUAUAGUCAAUGUAUCUUCUGAUGAAGCCAGUCAAUCUAUUUCCACAUCUGAAGAAAUUAUACCUCUUUCUCAAAAAGCUAGAGAAGCUUAUUCACUUAUAGAAUUAUUAGUUACCAGAACUCAGGCAAAUACAGAUUCUCAAAUUUUGUUUUUUGAUCAGUUUGCUAUUAUGCUUUUUCAAAGUCCAUAUUUAGAUAAAACAUUUAUGCAUACUGUCUCUUCAGUUAUGAAAAAAAAUUUUCAAUAUAGUUUCUUAAUAGCUGCAAAUGAAUUUAAUAAUGAAAAUUUAAUGAUAGACUGUUCACUGACGUUUUGUCUUGACAAAGAUCUUGAUGAAAUAAUUGCAGUUAAUAUAAGUCCAAUUGUCAUGAAUGAAUUCAAUAAAAUAGAUAGUGCAAUUUUAGGAUUACAAAGUUGUCGACCAAGUGCUCUAACAUCAAUGUUUCGUUUGGUUAGAGGAUUAGAAAGAGAAGACUUAAGUGAAAUUGAUGCAUUGCUAGGAUGUCCUAUUGUAUUGCCUAGUUCUCAAACUAUAGAAAAUUUUGAAAUGCUGUCACCAGAACAACAAAUAAUAGUUGUGAAUUCUUUAUUUCAUACAGUAAAUUGGUUUCAUGAAGUUAUCAAUUGUUUCUCAUACUUGUUCAAACAAAAGAAUGGCAAUAAAGUAUUAAUACGUUUGAGAACUAUAACAUAUUUGAUAAAAAUAAUUAAAAAAUGUUUAUCAAUAAUGUAUGAUCCUGAAUAUAUUCCUCCCUUGUGUUAUUAUGGAUUAAAUGUAGAAAAACCUAAUUUCAACAAAAACAAAAAAAAAUCGAAAAUUGGAAAAAAUACAAAAAAAAGAGAAAAAAAAGUUAAAGAAAGUGCUAAUAUAUCGGUUAAUACAACAUCUGGAACAAAUUUUAACAUAACUCGUGGAAAUUAUGAAGAAAACGAACAAUUAGACACAGAUAAUUGUGUUGAUAUAAAAAUUUACAAAGAUUAUUUUAGAGAACUCGAUAUUGACACAUGGUUGAUACUUACACAGAAAUUUGUUAUUAAUCCUGACCCUGAAAAAGAUAAAGAAUUUUCACCUGAACUUGGGCCAUCUGAAUUUUGCUACUUAAUGGAAGAUGUUAUUGAGAAAUUGGAUUAUAUUGUUUUUAAAAAUAAAAGACUUAGUCCAUUAAUUAAAAUUAAAUCAAAAGAAACAGUAGGAUUUAAUUCUGUGUCAUUGGUACCUGAAAAAACUAUGCUGAGAAAUUUUAUAAAACUCCUUCCACAUUUAUUUACUGAUUUAGAAAUACUUUCAGAAUUCUUUAAAAAUCUUUUAUUAGUUAAUGACAAUAUAUUAGAUUCUACUGGAAUGUUUAUGAAUGAAUCAGUUUAUAUGAAACAAUGUGUUGGGUUGAUUUUAAAAUCAAUUGUUAUAUUGUUCCAGUGGAAGGAUUUUGAAUCUUCUGAUACUGAAGAUCUCCUAAUAAAUGCUUUGAAAAAAAUGACCAAUAAGAAUGAAUUUAGUCAGAGUACUCAAUCUAGGCGACCAUCAUGCAAAAAAAGUCUACUUUCUGAAAAAAUAAUAUAUUUGAGAAAUUUUCAAGAAAUUAUUCUACAUUUAGAAGCUGCUGUCAGUCUAGUAACUCUUAUACAAUUAUUAAAAACUUUUUCAAAUGAUGCAGAAAACGAUAUUAUUUUAAGGGAGAUAUGUUGGAAUUUUUUAACCAGACAAUGGUAUACUCUAAAAGGAGCUCAUGAAGAGGGUCCCAAGUAUAAUGAUCAGAUAAAAUUUUUGUUAGAUACUUUUUUGCAGUGCCACGAAAACAAGUUGGAUAAAUUGGUAGAAAUAGUAGAUUGGUUGGAACAAGAAGUUAUGGUAAUAGAAGCAAAAACUGACCGACUAAAAACUUUACCAACAAUUAAUAAAAUGAAUUUAAAAUGUUUAAUCAGUGUUAUUUUAAAUUCAUUAUUGGGAUCUGUGAAAAAUUGUUUGAAAUCUUCUGAUAGUGAAUAUGACCGUUUAAUUAUUUGGCAAUCAACUAUUUAUGUAAUGGAAAAAGUAGUUCAUAUUGUCAAAAAACAAGAUUCUCGUAGCAAUCUUUUAGUAUUUGUAAAGGGAUCUAUAUUGUUAUUAAAACUAUUUCUCGUAGAAGGAAUGAGUAUAUGCCAACAUUUAUUUAAAAUACGUAUUAAAGAAGUAUCAAAAGUUCUAAAAAAUUUACAAGUUAUUACUAGAUACAUGCAAAAUAUUUGUAACUAUACUAAAGUUGUCAAAGAUAAUGCACUGAGUAAUCAUUUGCCAAAUAUAAGGGGUAUUUUAGAAACUUUGAUUUUGAAAGUAAAAAAUGUUAUGGUAUUGAAUGGUUGUACAGAUGCUUUAUUUAUGGGUAUUAUGAAAAAUAUGGACAUUAAAGGAGAAGAAAUAUUAUCUCAGAAUGAUAGUAGUGAAGAUGAUGAUGAUGAUGAUGAUGAUGAUGAACAAAACAAAAGUGAUAAAAAUGAAGCAAACGAUUUAGCUAAUUUAUUAAAUGAUAAUAGUUCAAUUCAGGAACAUGAUUCUGAUGAAGAUUCCUCAAUAUUAUAAUUAUAUAUAUAUAUAUAUAUAUA